AUGGAAUCAAUACCGGAGAUGAUGUUCGCCGCCGGAGAAGAACCGGUCGGACUUCGUGUUCUGACGUACCAAUCAUCACGAGCCAUAAAACGGAUUGUCAAUGCGUUGGAAGAGGAGGAAAAAGGUGUGAUAUUGGAGUCGUCUUUUGGUAAAAUAAUCGAGAUUGCAGACAAACCUGCAUUUUCUGGAAGAUUCGCGAGGUAUCUAAUGUCAAGACAGAUGAAGAUCAAGAAGAAACAUGAAGCAUGGUUUAGGUUUGCGGGUCAUCCUAUAAGGUUCUCGCUGAGAGAGUUUGCGAUUGUUACUGGAUUGCCUUGUGGGAAGUUCCCCCCGAAGUCGAAGACGAAGCUUAAAGAAACUAUCACCGAGAAACCGUAUUGGCCGGCGUUGUUUGGGAAAGUUGAAGUCGUGACCGUCUCAUCUGUAAUCAAGAUGCUGCGACGCAAAACAGUCACAGAGCGAGAGACCCGGAUUAAGUUUGCUUGUUUGGCACUUCUAUCUUCUGUCCUUAUGCCAACGAACCUGAAUAUGAAAAUUUCAAGGGAGUAUGCUGAGGCAAUCGAAGAUCUCGGUGAGUUUUUUGCUUAUCCAUGGGGAAGAGUAGCUUUCGAGAUGCUAAUGGGUAGUAUUAAAGAGAGAGAUGAGAUCACGCUGUCUCAAAACACUAUUGCUGUCAAAGGGUUUGCCCUUGCGCUUCAGUUAGUUAUGGUAGAAGCCGUACCCUCCUUAACGGAAGUUGUACAAGAAACGUGUUCGUCAUCAGAAUCAGACAGCGCGGACGAUGUGGAAGAUGGGGCCGAAAAGUCAUCAAAAAAACAGACCUUGAGCCCUGCACACGCGCGAAGCAUUGACAAGAAACCAGAGGUUUGUAUAAUGACCUAAGCUAUGUAGUUAACGUACCAAAUAUGAAACCAGAAGUUCUUACAAGCACGGUUGUGGUCAUUGAUUGUAAAUGUGUAGGUGUAUGUAAAGAGCAUAAUUGACCAAGAUCCAGAGAGGCUAGUGGAUGAGAGCACGCUGACAUGGUCUGAUGAUGAAGAGGAUGAACAGGUAGACAAUGUUUUGAAACUGAUAGAGCAAAACCACAAGUUCUGUGGCUCAAUGUUUAAAGGUGGAGCAACUAAAGCUGAUGUGGAGAAGAUGAGAGCGGGGGCAAAAGCACGUGGUAAAGAAAAGAAGACAAGAAAGCAACCGGUGACCAGUAUCACAGUGGAACCUGACAAUAACGCUUCUAAUCUGUUUGAUAAGAUCAAGCCGGAGCUACUGAGGAUUGAUGGGAAUGUGUCUUCAACCAUGACAGCUGUUAAAGAUGUAAACACGGGCCUAGGCUUGUUACAUGGGUCGAUCGUUGGUCAGGUAGAAGUUUGGUUGGGAAAGUUUAAAGAAGAAUGUAGUGGACUUGUUGCUGAAGCUGUCAAGCAAGUUGUUGAGGCCGUCAAUAACAAUGCGAACAGAGGUGCGGGCACACCGAUAAUGAAAGUUAAUCAAGAGGGUGGACGCAGUGCCGAAGAUGAAUUCUAUGAUACAACAAUAAGGAACGUAAUUGGUAACAUUAAUAAGUACGCCACUCCUCCACGUGUGACCAUCCAGAAUCAGGUAAUUAUGGAUUUAACAGACGAAGAAUACUUAAAUUUGUAGUGAUGUUAAAGAUUGUGGUAAUACAAAAACUUUUUAUGUAGGGGGUCAACGCAACUGACGCAGAGCCUAACGAUGUAAUUAGGAGUCAUGGUAAUUUGGAGACAACUACAGAGGGAAUUGCACUAUCGGCUACAAGCCACACACACAAUAGGAAGGGUGGCGUGAACGAGAACGUGAUGCAGGUAUAUGAAGAUAUAGUAAAUAUAUAUAUAAACCAAGAUGACAUAUAAGUUUGGUGCAAGACAACUAAAGUGGAGGUCAUUGUGCAGGAUCCCGGUGAUGGGAUAGGACAUCAAACUGCAGAUGCUCCCAACUUUUCACUGGGUCUGACACAGUGUGAAAACCGGGGGGACCAUGACGAGUCCGGAAAAAACAUCCUAGGGCCGGAUCUAAAUGUAUCCCAUGUUGAAGACGACGACAAUAGCGAUGAGAAUUUCAUAUGCAGAAAAAGCAAAAGGCAGAAGGCGUUUCCUUCUAGCUUAUUGGCAGAUUAUCAUUGCGGACCGGAGAUACAAGGUCGUGGACGUCAAGCACCAACAUACCUGUUUGUGAGACCAGGCGUCGCUGAAAGUAUAAGAAAAUACGAGAAACUCCAAGAAAAACUUGAGAGCUCAAUUGUUAUCAACGUCGGUGGGUGUUCUGUAUCUGAGAAGGACUUAAUCGACAUCGCCGAAAGAACUCGACCGCUAACAGCCAAGGCUGUUGAUAUCCUCUCCCGUAUCGUACGUGUAUUACAACAGGAAACUCCAGCAAUCGAGGGACAGAAGAAAAGUGUGUUCUUCGACACAAAAUUUAUGGCAUCCCUGUCACGAAACUACUCAAAGUUUGGGAAAAGUAAGAGUAAGGACACUCACGUUUUUCCCAAAGGUGUGAUGGAAUUUCUUGGAAGCUUCAAAGACUCCAUUCGUAACAUAAAGCGGUUCUACCUACCCUUCAACUUCGACAGAAAGCAUUGGGUGGGAAUUUGUGUUGAUUGUGAGACAUGGACUAUCUACGUUCUGGAUUGCAACACAGCCAUCAAAAGUGUAAAGGAGAUUGUGAAAGAAUUAACACCCUUAGCCGAGGCCUUCCCGUAUCUGUUGAUACAAGCAGGAGGCGUAUCUAUAGAGGGGGAUGUAGUCCCAAUGAUCAUUGAGAGGGUGAAAGGAGUUGCACAGAACACACUAAUAGGAGAUUCAGCUGUUACAGCGGUGGUGUUAAUGUGGAACCAUUGCCUUGGAGGGUUAGAAUCUUGCCGAUCUGUCAAUGCUGGACAAGUGGCCAUAGAAGCCAAAGCUGCAGCAGUUAUGGCAUAUGAAUUGAACGAGGAGUUGUAGGGUUACACCUUGACCGGAAUAAUCUGGAUUCAAAACGUCCAGCUCUAUGUAUGUUAUUGUGUUGCUUUGUGUUGUUGUGUUGAUUUGUGAUGUUGUGUUGCUUUGUAUUAGCACUUUGUCCAAAUAAGACUUUAUGAAUCGUUAUGUUGUU